UCUCGGAUGCGAUAACCGAAUCGACCGUGGUGUCGUUGUCGAUUCUCUGAAGGGUGGUGGUUGCGUUUCGCAAAUGGCGAUUUCGAGUGGGUCUUCUCUCUCUUGGGUUGCUACUUCUAUUUCUUCUCCUCAGCCAAAGAGAAGCUCUAAGCCAAAUAUAUUGCGGGGAUUGUUCAAUGGCCACCAAUGUGAUCUGCAAUCGCUUAGUCAUUUUGAUGUAGGGAGGUCGAUAAAGAUCAUACAUGGGGCAUGGAGGGGAAAGGAAAAAUCCCAAAGAUGGAAAUCAAUUUGGUUUGCUACUUCUGAUGAUUCAUAUGGUGAACUCAAGCUAGAUGCUUCAGAUACAGAACAUAAAGCAGAAGAUAUCAUGCCAGAAAGCAUUUCACAGACCCACCUUGAGAGAAGUGGAGGAAAACCAGGUCUUAUCUCAUUUUAUGAUUAUCCAUAUGGAGGAAGAGGAAAGAUAUCUGUAUCUGGCCCAAGAAAGAAUCAACACACUCUCUUAUGGUUUGUCGGUCCUGCUGUCCUUGUUGCCUCUUUCGUUUUCCCAUCACUUUACUUGCGCAGAAUACUUUCCACUAUAUUUGAGGACUCCCUGUUAACUGAUUUUCUUAUAUUAUUCUUCACAGAAGCUCUAUUUUACAGUGGAGUUGCGGUCUUUCUUCUACUAAUAGACUAUCUACGGAGGCCUUGUGAGCUGGUCUCUUCUUCAAUGAGUUAUGUAAAUGAGACCAACCAUUUAGGGCACCGCAUCUCCUCGGUUACUGUCUUAGUACUGAGUCUUAUUAUCCCUAUGGUGACAAUGGGAUUAGUCUGGCCAUGGACAGGACCAGCAGCUUCAGCUACUCUUGCUCCAUACUUGGUUGGGAUUGUUGUGCAGUUUGCAUUUGAGCAGUAUGCGAAGUAUCGAAAAUCACCUUCUUGGCCCAUCAUUCCCAUUAUCUUUCAGGUUUAUAGAUUGCACCAAUUGAAUAGAGCAGCACAGCUGGUGACAGCUUUAUCCUUCACAGUUAGAGGAGCUGAGGCAACUUCACAUAACUUGUCCAUAAGCAGCUCUUUGGGAACGCUGUUGAAUGUUCUCCAAUUCCUUGGUAUCAUCUGCAUCUGGUCACUCUCAAGCUUUCUCAUGAGGUCCAUUCCUUCAGUCACAGUACGUGAACAAUAGAUUCUCUUUAAAAAUGUUGGUAGCAAUAUCCUUGUAGUCCUACUGGGGAAAUUUUCUCUUUAGCCUAUUUCAGAUGGCCAAGAUGUUAUGAGGGCUGGUUUUCCAUGAUUGAGUUGCUCUAGUCCAGAAUUUCUAAAUGAAAUGGUUAUAUUGCAAUUUGACUUGAUCCCAAACCGAAAGCAACUGCUGGACCCAGCUGCUAAUGAUGGCAAAUGAAACGGGACCAAGGUUGAACAAAAGUACUAGCUGUUACACAACUGUCUCUCACCAUGUAAUGAAUUUUCUGAUAGACCCUGUUUUAUCAUUGUUGUACUGCAUGGCGUCAACAAGUUCAUCACCUUUUUAGUUGUGUAUAUGUUAGUUCUUUGCUGAUUUAAGAUGUUAGCUUUUCACGGUUAAUAUGCAUCUACCGUAAUGUGGAAGGCUGGGUAAAUUGUAUCAAUAUAACCAGAAAAUACUGAAGCUGUGCGUAGUGUUGUCCUUUUGU